ACAAAGAUUUGAGUCGGCAACUCUGGCAACUGUCAGAAAUAUCGCAUGCAACCGCUAACCGCUAAGAAAUUUUGGUGAACACGCGCACGUUGAGUAGUGGACAAAUUUUUUCAUAAAAUUUCUCUAGGAUUCAAUAAAGUGCUUUGGUAGUUGCAGUAGAAUGUGGCCAAGAUUCGGUAUUAAAAUUGGAAAUAGCACGCUAUGCAUUGCUCAUGUAAAAAACGACGGUAAACCAGAAGUUAUUGCGAACAAACAAGGUGAUCGUAACUCUCAAGCAUGUCUACUCUGGGAUGGCGAACAGGAAAUUGAGUGUGGAUUGACAGCAAAACAAAAAAUGGCAACACGUCCUAAACAGGCUGUAGCUAAUAGUUUUCAGCUGCUUAUGCCACAAGAGUUAGAUGAGGAAAGACUAAGAACAGCUAUAAAGGAGCUCCCCUGCGACUAUGAUGCACUUACUCAUACUUUCCAGCUGAAAUGUCAAAUUCAAGAUGAUAAAAGUGACGAAAUGAAAGAAAAUAUUCGUGAAUUGACUCCCUUUGAUGUACAGGUCAAGCUUUUCCGCGCAGAAUUGGAAUUAGCACGUCAAUAUCACAUUUCAUCGGAAGCAGAUCCCGUUGUUGUGCUCUCCAUACCGAGUUAUUACCCAAAGUCAGCUUGGCCAGAAUUAGCACGUGCCGCAAAUGAAGCUGGAUUUCAUGUUGGUCAGAUUAUAACCGAACCGACUGCUGCAAUACUUGCAUAUGGUAUUGGAGAACAAGAAGCAGCUGAGGUAAACUCCAACAACGAGACUAAAUACGUUUUAACUAUAAAGUGCGGAGGUUUGAACAGCCAUUUUGCAUUAUACGAAAUUAGAGAUGGAUUAUAUACACAAUUGGAUGCAUAUGGACCAUAUGCAAUUGGUGGUAAACAUUUCACUGACGCCCUAGUUCAGUUCAUCUGCGAAGAAUUCAAGAGAAAAUAUAAAUUAGAUCCGCAUGAGAGUCGUCGAUCAUUGUCAAAAAUACGAAAUGCAGCAACCAAUUGCAAACACAUAUUGACCACACUUCCCUCAACUCAAAUAUAUAUUGACUCACUUAUGGAUGGAGUUGAUUUCAAUGCUCAAAUGUCGCGUGCACGAUUUGAAAGCCUUAUUCAACCUGUUAUUAACAAUUUUAUGCAAACAUUAAACGAAUGCGUUGAACGUGCCUCAUUGGAGCACAGUGAGGUUAAAGGCAUUAACUCAAUUGUUUUGCUGGGAGCCACCAUGCGUAUACCAAAACUACAAUCAGCCAUUGCAGCACGAUUCCCCGACGCCCAAUUACAUUCAACAAUCUCCGCUGAUGAAGUUGUAGCUAUAGGAUGUGCUCGACAAACAACAUUCCUCCAUGCUCCAACGGAACAAAGCCUGCAGGCUACAGAUGAGCGCAUAUACGUCGAAGAGGACCUUUUCAUUUGGCACGGCAACGAUGAAACAAACGCGCAAAUACUAAUAGGGAAAGGAACGUCAUUGCCUCGAAAAGUACUACUUGAAUUGAAACAAACAGAAAGUGCCGAAACUGAUAGUGUUAUCCGCGUACGAACUGGUGAUAAGGUCAAUGAAAUAUCUUUGGAAGGUUUAACGCCAACAGACAACGGCACAUAUCGCAUUGAGGCAGAUAUUGAUUGCAAACAAGUAGGCGCCGAUGCUGUUCGAAAACCACAUCUACGAAUACGUGUAGUCUAAAUUUAUUUGGGAUAAUUUAGAAAUUUCUCAUAUAAAUUUUUGAUUAGUAAAAAUAUUUCUAAACCUCUAUUUGGUUAAUGUUAAUAAACUUAUACAUUUUACACAAA